AUGAAAAAAGUCGACGAGAUGAAAAAGAACUACAAAAACGUCACAUUCCACGUCACUUACUUAUCCAAAGAGACACAAGAAGUGGAGUAUCUUCCGAUGCUCGAGACGCACUGCGGAGAUGAAAAGCGGAGUGUAGUGACGGUCAAAGUCCACCAAUAUCUCCUCGACGCCGAGUGUCUGUCGCUGACCCUCGCGAAGUGUCUUCCGCAGGAAUUGACGAUUUUUGCAGACACAAGAAACGCGUACGAAAAGUGCAAAGCCGAGAAGUGCGAUUUAAGAGAUCCUAAGUUUGUGUGGGGUGCAAAAUAUAUUGAAUACGUCAAUGUGAGAAAGACUAAAGUCGGGGAACUGACUCUCCCUUUGACUACAAAGAGUCUCAAUAUGAAGGAUGUCUACGGAGACGUAGUAACGACGGGGUGCAAACUUGAAAAUCUGUCCGUAACUGGAACGUACACUGGUAAGACACUAACACUUUUCAAUGUAAUUUGGAUCUCAAAAAGAAUGUCUUUAGUGUUAUCGAAGAACAGAGAAAUUCUUCAACUGAAAAAGUAA